GAUUUUUUUUCCUUCUCUUUUAAGUUAGAUAAUAGCUGCGAUAAAUGGUUUUGGCGCUGUGCUGCAAGCAGAAAGUUAGCCUCCCUCUCAGGCCUUUUGUAGGCUAGCGGAGUAAGGUUACAUGAGCAAACGGUCUACCUGUGUUUUCUUGAAGAACGCCUGCGGUAAUUUGACUUUUAACCCUUUCUGUCUCGGUUGUCAGACUAGUAAAGUCUAUCAUUCCAAAGGUCGUCUUUUGAUCAAAAAUUCAACAAAAAUGGCGGCUGGAAAAUACGCCGACAAACCAAAGACUUUCAAGCUAGACGGGUUGUUUUUCAAACGAUUCAUUUGCUGCUUGAAAAUCAUGUUUCCUAGAUGCCUAUCAACAACGUCUUUGCUGUUUGUUUUGCUUCUCGGUUUCACCUUGGCGGAACAAAUGCUGAUUUAUAAUACUGGGCUCGUGCCGAGCCAAUUUUACGAGGUCCUUGGGGAGAAAGAUAAGAGAGGGGUAGAGUCGCUGGUCAUGCUUGCGUUUGGUCUAAUUGUCGGAACAGCCCUUUGUAAAAGCAUUGUACAAUAUGUAUCGAAUUUCUCGUAUGUGAAAUGGCGUGGUCUUUUGACCAGAUUUCUACACACCGGUUAUUUCCACAAAGAGACACAUUAUAACUUGAACGUACUGGAAAGAACCAUUGAUAAUCCAGACCAGAGGAUCACGCAAGAUGUGGAUCGCUUCUGCAAGCAGUUCAGUCAGAUAAUCUCUUCGCUACUGAUCUCACCGUUUACGAUCGCAUACUAUACAUACCAAUGUUACUCCAGCACAGGCUACCUUGGCCCAGUUAGCAUUUUCGGCUACUUUCUCUUGGGAACAAUCAUCAACAGGCUGAUAAUGUCACCAAUCAUCAACCUGGUUGUCAGACAAGAAAAACUAGAAGGAGAUUUCAGGUUUAAACAUAUGCAGGUGAGAGUGAACUCAGAAGCUCUUGCAUUUUAUCGCUCAGGAGAACUGGAACAAAAGAAAACAAACAAAAGGCUUCACUAUUUACUUAAUGUCCAACAGAAGCUUGUAAACUUCGAGUUCUUCCUUAACUUUUCUGUCAACUUUUUCGAUUAUGUUGGAGCUAUACUGAGCUACAUCAUCAUAGCAAUUGCACUCUUUGCUGGGAAAUAUGAUUCUUUGUCUCCGACGUCACUAAGCGGUGAAAUCAGCAAGAACUCAUUUGUUUCAAUGUACCUGAUUGGAUGCUUUACAAAGCUGAUUGACUUGUCCAACUCGGUUUCUGACAUGGCUGGAUAUGCCCAUAGGAUUGGAGAACUGAUUGAGAGCUUAGAGAGGAAGGAGGAAUUUAGAAGAGAGAGCCAGGAAUUGAAUGGAAUUCAGAAUGGUAUUGAACCAGCUGUUAUGAUCAAAUUGACUGACUUGACUUAUGGGGCACCCAACAGUAAGAGCCCACUUGUAAAAGACCUAACUCUAGACAUCUCACUUGGAAAAAAUCUCCUCAUUACAGGUAGCACAGGAACGGGGAAGAGCUCUCUAUUGCGAGUGAUUCGUGAGCUCUGGAUGCCAAUUUCAGGGAGUAUUACAAAGAACAUUGCGUUCACACCUGAUAAGAUCCUAUUCCUACCUCAGAGGGUUCUUCUCACGGAUGGUUCCUUGAAACAGCAAGUCAUCUACCCCUAUGAGGUUCAGGCCCACCAGGAUUACACCAGUACUGGUGAAGAGGACGACACAUGGAUUAUCCAGUUACUAGAUGAAGUAGGGCUUUCCUCACUCUGUGAGCGCAUUGGUGGUGUCAACAAGCCCCUGGAUGGCAACUGGGAGGAUAUGCUAUCUCCCGGAGAAAUGCAGCGACUGGCUUUAGCAAGGUUGUUCUACCACCACCCUGUGAUUGCAAUGCUCGAUGAAGCUACAAGUGCACUAGAUGUCAGGACAGAGCAGGAUUUGUACAGGAAGUGUAAACAGCUCGGGAUGACGCUGAUAAGUAUAGGGCACAGGGAGUCACUCAUCCCAUACCAUGACAUCAACCUCAAGAUGCUGGGGAAUGGGAAAUGGGAACUGAGUACCUACCAACAUGACAAGAAUAGUUGAACAGUUAGCCAGAUGGAUAAUUAUUAGCCAGAUAUUAUUGUUUUUCCUUAUCCCAUACCAUGACACACCUCUGGAUGUUGGGAAAUGGGCACUGUGUAGGGAAUAGUUAGACUUUAAGUUGGCUCAGGCACAAAGCUCUUUAUUUUUUAAUAGAAUAGUUGUUUUGUCUGAAUUAUUUUUUUACUCUAACAGUUUUGCAUUUUUUUUCAUACUUAGUGACUACUACUUUUUACUCCUUGAGUAUUUUAUCAUAUAUAUUACUUGUAACCACAGCAGUUCAAUGCACUGGUGGAUAUAGAAUUAUAAAAAGGGGUGGAUAUACAAAAAUGCCAAAACCAUUAAGUAAUGGGUUCACCUGUAUAAACAAUUUUAAAGGGUGAAUGUUCUGAGCACCUUUAUUGUCCAGUAAAAACCCGCAUGUAAGAACCUUGAUUAAAAACCUAGAGGCAGAAGUUUUGGAUUUUAAUGACCCAAAAUAUAAGAAGUAAAAAAAAAUUAAAAGGUUCUAUAUGAUGAGUUAGUCCAUUGAAAAUAAAACAAAUUAAGGGGCUUUUAAAUUACCUAUUAUUACCUAAUAUUAUUUUAAUAUUUUAAGAUAUGUUUACAGAUACAACAUACAUUUCUUUAGUAGCCAAAUGGCUAAGUAUUCAGUCACACUUCUGUAUUUUAGCAACUUGGAAAAAAAAUAAGAACCUAAUAACAACCUGUUAGUGAUGACCCCAAAAUAAUAAGAACCUGUUUUGCCAAACUUGAAAAAAAAAGGCUCUUACAUGCGGGUUUUUACUGUAUUUAGGGUUAUGGAAUAGUAGAAUGGUUUGUUAAAAAAAAUUCAUCAAUCUCAUAAAAAAAUUUGGGACAGAGUGUUAUUUUUAAUAAAUAUUAGAUUUUAUAUUUCAAAAUGAAAUUCAGUUCUUAAUCCAUCAAAAUAGAUAAUAUAUUGAUAUAGUUAAUGUAAAAUAUUUCAUGUGAUCAGUGAUCAACAGUUGAUUAUUAGUAUA